AUGGCACCGCAUUCCGUCGAUGACAGCGCUCUGCCAGAGCAGCCGAAGCCAGCAACUACGAAAAAGCCCAAUCCUUUUGCCUUGCCACUCAGGGAAAAGCCACUCCCAAGAUCUACGCUCCAAAUCCAGAGCAGAUUCAUUGAUGAGCCUGAUCGUCUUCGGGUAGCUGUUAUUGGUGCCGGCCUCACGGGCAUCGAGGCCGGUGUCCUCCUCCCGGCAAAGGUUCCCAAUAUUGAUCUGGUGAUAUACGAGAAGAAUGCCGACGUGGGAGGCACAUGGUUUGAGAAUAUUUAUCCCGGCGUGAGGUGCGACAUUCCCGCGCAUGUGUACCAGAGCAGCUAUGAGCCCAACACGCAAUGGACGGAGGAAUUUGCGCAGGGCCCCGAGAUUCGAGCGUACUGGCAAAAAAUCGCAGAGAAGUACGGCGUGUAUGAUCACAUCAAGUUUGGUCACAGAGUGGACGAGAUAUCCUGGAAUGAGGACGCAUUCGAAUGGACGGUUGAGGCCCAUGACUUGAAGAACGGCUCUACGCACUUUGCGAAAUUUGAUUUCGUAGUUACGGCCAUCGGUCGGUUCAACGCUUGGCGUCUGCCAGACUAUCCAGGAAUUUCUGAUUUCAAAGGUCUCUUACGCCAUACGUCAAAUUGGGACCCAACCUUUGAUCCAUCUGGCAAGAAGAUUGCCGUUAUUGGAAACGGGGCGAGCGGUAUCCAGCUUGUGGCUAACAUCCAGCCUCGAGUCGCAUCUCUAGACCAUUACGCCCGGAAUAAAACAUGGGUGGCCAAGUCAUUCGCAGGCGACGAGACGGACAUCAAGCCCAAAACUAUUCCGCAGGAGCUGCGAGAUUCUUUCAGCGACCCCGAUGUCUACCUCAAGUACAGGAAAACCAUCGAAGGAAAGUACUGGAGGGGAUUCCAGAACAACUACAAGGGAUCUCAGGGACUUGACAAUACCACCAAAGAACUCAUAGACGUUGCGAAGGAGAGGACGGCGAGCAAACCGGGCCUGGCUGAAAAGCUCAUUCCUGACUUCCCGCCUCACUGCAGGAGGUUGACACCUGGCCCUGGGUACUUCGAGGCCAUCACCUCGGACAACGUCAACUACAUCCAAGAUCGCAUCAAGCGGUUCACCGAGACGGGAAUAGAAACCGAGGACGGGACACAUCGAGAAGUGGACGCCAUCUUUUGCGCGACUGGGGCGAACGUCGAUAUGGUCCCUCCUUUUAACAUCCGCGCGUUCGGUCAGAAUCUACCAGAUCUCUGGCGUGAAGGGGGAGCUCACGGUUUCCCAUACAGCUACCUCGGGAUAGCCACGCCAGGGUUCCCCAACCUCCUGUUUCUUCUUGGGCCCAACGGGGCGGGCAAGUCUGGAAGCGUCCCGCACGCUGUAGAGGUGAAUGUGACCGUCGUGGCCAAGAUCCUGCGCAAAGUUUCCAGGGAGGGGAUCAAAGCUAUAGCACCCUCGGCCCAAGCUGCGGAUGAUUUCGUGCAGUAUGCAGACGCAUUCUUCAACCAGACUGUCCUGUCAGAAGAAUGCAGCUCCUGGUACAACAGCGGGAAAGCUGGUAGCCGGAUUCAUGGGCUCUGGCCUGGUAGCGGGGCACACAUGAGUGUUGUUCACAGGGAUCCGCGCUGGGAAGACUGGGUAUAUGAGUACAAGACACCAGAGAAUCGUUUUGCUUGGUACUUUGGGAAAGGGUAUACCGCUCAGGAGGUUGAUCCUGAGUCCGAUAUGACCGAGUAUCUGUCUAAGCCUGGCCCUGUAGAUCUCAGAGCACUAUAUGAGCAAUGGUGGAGGAUACAUUAG